CAUCCUGAGCAGAGCUUUGCCUCCUACUUUUUUGUUGGGACCUGGGAAAAAAAAAAAAAUUGCCCCACAGAGGUACCGAGGAGGAGAAAUAGAAGAAAGAGAAACAAGAUCUAAACCAUGGAAAUAUACGAGGUUGCUUUUUAGUCGUCGACAAUGCAAGCGGACGUGCUUUCACCGUGAAUUCAAACGAGGAGGUUUUCGUUUGGUAGAGUAACCUUCCCUCUCCCCCAUCAUGCUGAGCUUCCUGCGCAGGACGCUGGGGCGACGCUCCAUCCGCAAACAUGCAGAGAAGGCCCGGUUACGGGAGGCCCAACGUGCCACUACACACAUCCCAGCUGCUGGCGACGCAAAGUCCAUCAUCACGUGCCGCGUUUCCUUGCUGGACGGGACAGACGUCAGUGUUGAACUGCCGAAAAAAGCCAAAGGUGAAGAGCUGUUUGACCAGAUAAUGUACCAUCUGGACAUCGUGGAGAAAGACUACUUUGGACUGCGCUUCAUGGACUCGGCACAAGUGCCGCACUGGCUUGAUGUGACAAAGAGUAUCAAAAAGCAAGUGAAAAUCGGCCCACCAUACUGCCUUCACAUGAGAGUUAAGUUUUACUCCUCCGAACCAAACAACCUGCAUGAGGAGCUCACUAGAUACCUGUUUGUGUUACAAUUAAAGCAAGACAUCCUCAGUGGCAAGCUAGAGUGUCCAUUUGAAACAGCGGUGGAGUUGGCUUCCUUUUCCCUUCAAGCUGAGCUUGGUGAUUGUGAUCCAUUGGACCACAAUCUGGACCUGAUUUCAGAAUUUCGCUUCAUCCCCAACCAGACAGAAGAUGUAGAGCUGGCCAUAUACAACGCAUGGAAGGAAUGCAGAGGUCAGACGCCAGCCCAAGCUGAAAUCAACUACCUGAAUAAAGCCAAGUGGCUAGAAAUGUACGGUGUGGACAUGCAUAUGGUCAAGGCAAGAGACGGUAAUGAAUAUAGUCUGGGUUUGACACCAACGGGAGUUCUGGUGUUCGAAGGAGAAACCAAGAUCGGCCUCUUUUUCUGGCCCAAGAUCACCUGUCUGGAUUUUAAGAAGAGCAAACUGACACUUGUGGUGGUAGAAGAUGAUGAUCAGGGCAAGGAACAGGAGCACACCUUUGUGUUCAGGAUGGAUCACCCUAAGGCCUGUAAGCACCUGUGGAAGUGUGCUGUUGAACACCAUGCUUUCUUUAGACUGAGAGGGCCGGUACAGAAAAACUCUGCGCGCUCUGGAUUCAUUCGCAUGGGAUCACGCUUCAGAUACAGUGGGAAGACAGAAUAUCAGACAACUAAGGCCAAUAAAGCAAGGAGGUCAGCCUCGUUUGAGAGGCGGCCAAGUCGACGUUACUCCAGAAGAACCAUGCACGGCAGAGGGACAUUCAAUCCCCAUGAGGCUCAUUCCUCUGGCAAUGGAGUCAGCUCCAGUAAAGACAACAAGUUUACUAGAGGCGCCUGGUCUGCCGUGCCUGUGGUCAGCCCUGUAGCAGCUUCUGCUUGUGUACCGAUGGAAAUCGAGGCUCUACCCCGGAGUCCUGGAGGAGAAAAGAGGAGUGUGCCCAUGGUUGCCGACCUGAUGGAAACGUGCAUUGAUGAUGUCCUCAGGGCUCCUGUCGUUCCACCGGUGACGGCUACAGAGGAGGCCGGACCGAGCAGCGCCUAUGCUACCCCCGGUGUCGCCGGGGACGAUCCUCUCAGCCUCACUGAAGCAUCCGCUCGUCUGAAGCAGCUGGCUUUAGAGAGCAGUCCACCACUUCCUGCAACUCCGAGAAACAACAUCAAUGUCAACAUGGCCAUGAAUAAUCAGGAGGAUGUGGUGAAGCUCACAGAGAAGUGUGGCCUGAGCAGCACAGGCAGUAGUCCAGUUGUCACUCCACUGCGCACCCCAGAGGAUCUGAAGAGCAACAUCCUGAAAGCACAAGCUGAGGCCGCUGCCCUCAAGGGCCCUUCGGAGGAACAUGUGGUUAUAGUUGGAGAUAAAAACUGUAAUUUACAGGAGCCUUCUUCCAGGUUGAAGGUGCGUACCGGGCGAAUGGGCAGUAACUCGUCCCUGUCUGUUAGCAGUCGCCCCGACAUUCAAGACUCCUGGGACCUGCUCAAGCCAGCCUCACUGGUGUCUCCAGCAGGGGCCAGUGUCGAGGUGCUGGCUGAAGAUUUGAACCCCUCCGUUCCCAAGAUGCCCUCUGAGUCUGCUGCUGAAGUCAUGGCACCAAAGGCUAAAGCAGAGGAGGUUGACCUGCCUAUGACCGCCCCACUCUCUGAUAACCUGAUUGAUUUCACUGACCCAACUCCUGUGCUACCACCAGUGCAGCAUCCCAAACCAGUCAUCACACCCCGCUGGAUCGUUCCCACAACUGCUCCUUCUGGUGUCUUUACUAACGGCCUGCUCGACCUCGACCCCCCUGCUAAGGUCAACCCUCCUCUGCCUGCAGAUGGGGGAGCAGCUCUCACCCCAGCCCUCCCCCUCCUCGCUCACGCACGCAGCACCAUCUCGGCCAGCCCUGUGGGUCAGCAGCCAGCGCCAGAGGAUGGAGCCAAACCCAGAGGUCUCCUGACCACUGAGCUCUGAUGAGGGUGGGAAAUACAGUAGCAGCCUUCACAGUAUUCUUCUACCCUGACCACUUUCCCAAUAACCCCAUCACCCAUCUACACACACAAGCUGGGACAACUGUGCUGAACACUGGGGGUUUGCAGGAACCUGUGAAGAGGGACCAUGAACACAACUGCACCCACGCUGACAAAAAGACUGAACAAGUUGAACUUAGCACACAGGGAAAGUAAUAGGAGUAUUCAAUGAUAUCAUGAAUCAAAGGCUAGUUUUAAAGAAACAUGUAGCUGCAGUAUUAACAUGAUGUUCACUGUCUGUGACUUGCCAUUCACUCAGUCCAUCCAGUCAAAAACCCUCACCCUUCUCACACUGUAUGGUACGUUGUAAAAGCAGCCACCGCUGGACUGAAAGGGGAGGGUGUCUCUUUUAGUGCUGCUUCCCUCUCCCCUUUGUAAGUCAUGCUGUUUUAUCACUGUUUAACACACCGCUGGAUCCCUGCUGCUCUGAGCUUUUCUGAUCACACAGCACAUAGAGCUGCUGAAGUACACUGGAGGAAGGACUACAAAAAGAAUCUGUAGAAACUACAAUGGCAGUGACUCAAAAUGUGGAUUCAGAGAGAUAGAAACACCUGGACUCUUGACCUGACACACAUGUGGAUAUUACACUGUACUGCUCUUGAAGCACACUACAACCCCUUUUGUUUUGUUUUGUUUUUAACCCAGAAAAUACGUCAUGUGAAAUUCAGCUACUACUUCAGCCCUACGAAGACUUCACUGGAUUAUCUUUGCAACACUGGAACUAGAAAGGAAUUGUUUUUAUGGCUGACAACAGAGAUGACCACUUGUUUUUUUUGUUUUUUUUUACUUUUAUUAUCCAGCUCUUACUCAUGCUGUCUUUACUGAUGUUUAAAACUGCCCAUUGCUGUUCUGUUCUCGAGCAGCAAAAGGAAGUGAUCAUUACUGAUGAGAAUUAGUUCUUGAGUGUGUUCAAAUGACUCAAAGAUGACAAUAUAAGAAUAUGAAGUUUUAGCAUUUUGAGCAGAAUGUGAGACUGUACCUUUUUCCUGAACCCACUCUUCCCACCUGUGGCAUUUCAUGACGUGGCUCUAUUGAUGUUUAAACCGUUAACUGUGAUCUCUGCAGGUAAACACUUGUGUCCAGAUACUUGGAAUGACUCCGCUGGAUAUCUGAACUGAUGCUAUAACAUAACCUGACCCUGUUAUAGAACAUUACUCCUUGUACUAACACGUCGUAGCUACUACCCCUGCCUUAUGGAAAAUGAAUGUAUUCAAAUAGUCUCGUCUAAGAAUGCUGGAGAUGCCACGAUAGCAAAGUUUUACAACUUGUCAAAAUCCAAUUUGCUGAUACAUUUUAUUACUGGAGACAAACGUGUGACAUAUCUUAAAGCUGGUUUUGUAUGUGAAAUUGAGGCCUACCUUCUUUUUUUUAUCUUAAUGGAUGAUAUCAGAAUAACUCUUAAAGAAAGACUUGUAUUUGUUUUAUUUUUCAGUAUCCCAUACAUUAUAAUCAAUAAGACUCAUUAAAUUUGGUAGUUUUUUUUUUUUUUUCACUUUGUUGUCGAUGUCAUGAUCUGUAUUCAACAAGGGAAGCUGACUGUUAUACAGCAUUUUCUUAGCAGUGACAGUUAUUUAUGCUACUCGGUGUAAGUGUUCAAACAGUGUCUGAAGGUGUUGUAGCGUAUAUACAGUUGUAAUGUAUUGUCAGAGUAAUGCUAUCAGCUGGCUGUAGAUAUGAAGUAGAUUUAUAUAUAUUUUUGAAAAUGAUGUCAGCAGUAUUCUUACCACAUCCCAAGAAGUUUUCUGCAUCACCAUGUUUGCUUAUUACAGAAGAAGUAGAACAUGUAUUACUCAUCACACUGACUGGAAAAACACUGAUUAUACAUCUCAAAUGCAAUUUUAUAUGAACUUUUUCUUUGUCUGGAAUACCUGAUCAUGACUCAGUAAAGCUUUGCUACAGUAGGA